AUGGCUGCCGACGAAACCGCGCUCCCUACAAGCGUUGCCAUGAAUAUUACCACUAACGCUGUCGAUAAGUGGUACGCUUUCCUCCCUUCUGGGCCUCGAGACGUUCUCUUGUUCCCCUUCCGUGUCGUCUAUCAAGCCGAAGUCUUCAUAAUUACUCUGCCACGCCAACUGGUUCGCUUCAUUGGGUUAGAUUCUGCCCUAUCAUCAUUGCUGGACAGCACAGCUAGAGUUUUUGGUAUAGGCCCUGGAAAUACUAGUGGAGAUGAUGCAGCAACUGCAGCGGCCGUUAUUGCUGCAAUGACGGCUGCUGAUACGGGCGGGGCGCAACUCGGUGAUGCGGCUGCCAGUUCUACUGGCUCAGCCGGGACAGCCUCUGGAUUUAGCAUGGGAGACUUCAUGCCCGCAUUGAGGAAAUUUGGAGGAUUUUUCAACUAUAUGACUACAAGGUGGUCAUUAGCAUGCUUUAUAGUGGCAUUGGUUUUGAACCGCGUCACGGUUUAUGCCUCUACUCGUCGGCAAGUUACCUUGAAGUGGCAUAGAACGCUUAUCUUACGUAUAAUCCCGAUCAUCCUUUUCGCCACACAAAUUCUCAAGCUGCUUCGUGCGAUUCGUUGCCAAACAUCUCCGGGUUACUCUACUUUUCGAUACGGCCAGCCAGGGAAGCAGUCGAAGUUAGACUAUGCUGGAGAAGGAGGAUUCUUACAUAACUUAAGCUCGUAUUUACUACAGUGGGAGGAAGAACAGUCAUCAUGCAGUGCUGCAUCAUUAGCUACAGGAUCCGGGCCCCCCUACGGUUCUUUUACUCUCCUCUGGCCGGCAUUUCUUCGAUUAUGCUUUGGUCAUUUUGUCGACACAUUAUCUGCAGCACUUCAGGGAAGGCCUCUUGCCACAGAGGGUGGCAUGUCCGUCUUUGAGCUUUCCCUUGCAUUUGCUGAAGCAGAGAUCCAGAUUGUCCGAUCAGUCGGGCUGGAAUUCUUUGGCCUCGCCAAGUCCACCGCCGGAGUAUCAGUUGAAGGUGCUGCGGCGGGGGAAUCCGCUUCGACCAUCCCUUUUUUUUCAAAAGACCGCGUUCUGGAAAGGCUCAAUGUCACGCCUGAGCUUCUAGUGAUUGCGCUAUUAGCGUGCUGCAAUAGCCUAACAACAAAUAUUUUAGAUGUUUUCGGAAAGCAGAGCCAUUAUAGGCUCGUCAAUACGACUGUCUGGGGCCUAUCCUUUAUGGGAUUUAUGGUCUGGAGUUUUUUCAAGUCAUACCUCGACGGGAACGAAGCCGGGCUUUUGAAUUUCCCUGCAGUUUGUAUCGUAGGGUUUGUGCCGCAUUUCCUCAUGUUACUAGGCAUCCUAACCUGCUUAGCAAUAUACGGCAUCGCACUUCUUUUGACCGCCUACUCACUUCCACCCAGCCUUCCUACUCCAGCCUCAUUCCGGGAACGUCUUUCCCUUGCUCACGGAAACAUGCAAGGAUCGUCUCAAAUCCAGAAUACUCGCUUAAAUAUGCAUGAUGACUUUUAUGCUACCCUUGUUAGGAUAGGAUAUGCUUCCUUGUCUGCCGCGAGCGAGGCUGUCUUUUUAAAUGAAGGGAAGAGCGUGAUAGUACGCAAAAUGACAUGGCUAGAAGAAGUCAGACUCGCAGAGUUUACUGCUCGAAGAGAACGAAGUAGUCGGGACGCCUUCCAGCAGGGUGAUGACCCUCAACUUGACGGAAACUUUGACUUCGAGAUGCCGAGCCACCCAAGACAGUGGGAGAGUGGUUAUGGUCGGGAAAGAAAGGUCGAACGGACGCAGUCUAACACGCGCGCAAUGAAGAAACAAGCUGGACUGGGAAGCGUUGGAGCAUUUCGAGGGCCAACCAGGUGUUAUCACGGCUUUGCAUUUCUCAAGGCAAUUUUCUUUGUGCUGGUGGGCUGGUGGGCCUUUGGAUUGGUGAAACUUUUAGACCACUUCAAACUCCCUCUUAAACCUCGGUGGCUAGUACAUCUUGCAGGCAUGUUCCAACAGACAAGCAGUGGAAACGAAACGGAAUACCGACCACCGCUGGAUUUUUGGAUCCUGACAGAUGAAGGUGUUUUGGAACUCCCAGAAACCGAUGACUUCGACGUGGAGAAAGAAAUGAGGAAAAGAGAGAUGGUAAGUAAUGAAGUGUGGGGUGAAUCGCAAGAGGAACAGCUAGACAACAAGCUUUAUAACUGGUGGAAGGUCGGCGGCUCCUGGGGAAAUCAAGAUAUGACCGAGGAUUACUCCCCUCCACCACAAGACUGGGAUACAACAAGCGUGAUAUCGACAUCAACCGCUGAGAACAGCGAAUGGGAGUCAUGUGACUCUGAUGGCCGCCGGACACCAACUCAAAGUAACCCGUUUCCUGGUUCGUUAAGGGAACCAGAGGAGAAGAUUGAUUUGGUGUCCCUAGCUCGCCUUCUCAACCCGAAAGAUGAAGAGACUAGGAACGAAGCACGCAUCCUAUCUGCACAUAUUCUAGCCUCGAACGAAGGCAAAAUAAUGACACGGCGCCGGUUCCAACAACAAUUGGAUGCAGAGCGUGCGAGGGUCUUGACAUCGUCGAAUGUAUAUCGGUCGACCGAGAUAAAGCCAAACCGUCCUACCCUGGAAGAGGAAUCCGAGAUCCUGGAAAACUUGAUUCUCAAACGAAGGUUGGGCGCUAACUGUGAUUAUCCCAAUUCUCAGGCCUCCGAGAAUCCACAAUCAUGGGCUACUGGGGCUUCAGGCCUUGGGCCAGAUGGACCACAAUGCGUUAUUUGCCAGGCUUCCCCAAGGUCAAUAAUAACAUGGCCCUGCCGUUGCCUUUGCAUAUGUGAAGACUGUAGGAUUAGCCUUGCCAUGAACAACUUCAGUAGCUGUGUGACAUGCCGCCAAGAGGUCACAGGCUUCGUUCGAUUAUGGGUUCCCUAG